UCAACUCAGGGUAGAUCAACCCACCAGGCUUCAUGGAUCUACUCCUUUUCCACCUCCCGCCGAAGGCACCCAAGAAGGCAGAGAAGAAGUCAGCAGAGGGAGCCAACUCUAAUGUAUUUUCUAUCUUUGAGCAGUCUCAAAUCCAGGAGUUCAAGGAGGUAAGGAUCUGCCUCUCCCCUUAUUACCAUGACGACAGUCCCCCUGUACCCCUUUCUGUCUGGGCCCUAGUGCAUAACCCAUUCUGCAAACAAGGGAUGUGUUCAGUUGUUUAAACGUCCUGCUACAUUUUGCAACAGUACUGAAUGUCACUUUCUCCCAAAAGUUUGCAAAAUGAGUUGCCUGAAUUGUAAUUUGACAUUGUCCUUCCUUAUUUCUGUAUUGUAACUACUGUCUAUGUUAUCCAAAUGUCUGCCUCCCAUCGACUUCUUUCUAAUUAGAGGUGAUCUCUGUGUAGGCGCUGAUCCAGAGGAAACUAUCCUCAACACAUUUAAAGUAUUAGAUCCUGAAGGUAAAGGGGUCCUGAGGAAGGACUCUGUGACCGAGAUGCUGACGACACAGGCGGACAGAUUUUCUCCUGAAGAGAUGGAGCAAAUGUUUGCAGCCUUCCCACCAGACGUGGCAGGAAAUCUACACUACAAAAACCUUGUCCACAUCAUCACACAUGGAGAAGAGAAGGACCAGGAGUAACUAACUGCUCCUUUAGCGUGUCUGAAUAGAAGACAGAAAUAGAAGCUCUUGACUAGAGACUCUAGAGCUUCUAUUUCUUUCAUCAAAACACCCGUCGGCUGUCAUCUAUCAUCUCCAGGCUCCACCCACGGUCCUGUGUGCUUGCCCCGCCCACUUACAUUCUCAGAUCAGGUGAAGUGGACCCCCCCGGUAUAAUUCACUGGCUCCUUUGUCUGUCAGUCACACUUCCCCUCCCAGGUCACCUAUACCAAGAGACCAUAGCUAGAGCCCCCACCACCUGCAGCCCCACAGUGGAAGCGGAGGGAAAGAACCAGAGGGAAACUCACUGGCCUUUACCUUCUACACUUUUAAACUGGCCACCUGUGAUGCAUCUACUUGUGUUUUCCCGUCAUCGGCAGUGGUUAAGCAAACUACCAAGCUAGAUGUGUGUAAAUGGUCUAUCAGACAAAUGGUUGAAUCCAUAUUCAAUAGCUAUU